UCCUCACCUCUCGCCUUGUCCCCUCGUCGCACUCUUCUCCCAUCGGUCAAAACAGAGGGACGGAAUACGCACCGCAAAUUCUUCGGUUCGCUAAAGGAAAGUGGGAAACCGGAUCCCUGCUUCUCCUCCUGCUCCUGAGCGUUCCCUUGCUCUCUCCCUCUCCCUCUCUCUCUCGUGCAUCUGUUCUUCUGCAUCAUCUUCUUUGCUCUGUCCGAAUUUGUCGCAGUGCUGCUGUGCUUUCCUGACCCGAUUUGGAUCGAAUUUAGUUUCUUUUAUGUUGUUGCUGUUGGUCGGAGCGCAUUGAUGGAAAAGAUGAUGAGCUUUCUACUCUUUUGUUUCGAUCCCUUCGAGGGAUAAACAGUGACGGAGAGGAUGAUUGGGUCGUGAAACCUGCCCCGAACUCCGUACUUGAUUAUUCCGAGGGAAAGAGAGCUCUUUCUCCUUUUCCCUUCUUGUCUGUGCUUCUUUUACUUCUGUUCUUGUCUUGUUUUCCUCUUCUGGUCCUCUUGAUCUGUGAUUUCGUAGUUUUGAUCUGUUGAGUUAAAUAAAUAGUGUUGUAUCAAGAAAGAAAUGGCGGUUAACUGGAAAAAGCGCUCCAAUCUGCAGUCUUUCCUCACUCACACAACGCCGAUGGUUCCCGCUUACCCUCUUCCAAAGACAUGUCUGCGAGAUUUAAACUGGCAACUGAUCUUACGGGGCAAGAUGGAGUAUUUCAGUCUUGGAGACCUUUGGGAUCAAUAUAGAGAGUGGAGUGUCUAUGGGGUUGGAGUUCCAAUUAUUCUUGACAACUGUCAAAGGGUAGUGCAAUACUAUGUGCCGUACCUCUCUGCCAUCCAAAUUUACACUAACAAAUCUCUUGCUCCGCAUAGGAUAUUUCUGGAAGAGAGUGAAAGGGAAUCCUCCAGUGAUGAUAGUGAGAGUGAAAAGUUGUCCAGGUCAUCGGAUGCUGUGUCAGAAGACUCUAUCCUUGACCAGGAUAGUUCAUGGUCAACAAGAGAAAUCCUGGGGCAAUUGUACUUGCAGUAUAUAGAGUAUGGUUCUCCUUAUGGAAGGAUACCACUCAUGGACAAGGUAAAUGAACUAGCACAGAAUUAUCCUGGUUUGACAUCAUUCAAGAGUGUGGACAUCUCACCAGCUAGCUGGAUGUCGGUUGCCUGGUACCCUAUUUACCAGAUUCCAAAUUGUAGACAUGUAAAGGAUUUGUCUGCAUGCUUUCUGACUUAUCAUACUAUCUCUGCAUCAUUCCAAGACAAUAAUGUACCUGAGGACAUGAUGGACUCAUUUCAUAUAACUGAGAGCAAUGCACGGAAGCAAAAGAGAUGGGGCAACUGUAUUUCUCUUUUUCCCUUUGGACUAGCCACAUACAAGUUACAGGGGGGCCUCUGGAGAAACCCUGAAACUUCAGAUGAUGAAAUGAUCAACUCCCUUUAUAGUGCAGCAUACUCUUGGCUGAAGCAGCUUGGAGUUGACCAUCAUGACUUUGACUUCUUCACCACUCACUAAAUGUAAAGGAUCGCCUCUUUCUUUGGUAGUUCCCCAUGCCACCAUACACCUUUUGAAGAGAACUCUUUCGACUGACAUUGGUGAUAGAUAGGUCGAAGGAUUACAAAUUUCUUUUCUUUGAUACAAAAAGCCGAUGGUGAUCAAACAGUCUUUCGAUCAACUUGUUCUCACUCCAAGAAAGGCUUCUAAGGUCCUAGCAUAAUACUUUUGAUUAUGAGCCUAAAUCACAGAUUAUGUUGGGUUCAACUAAUAGUUUUGUGUUGGAAAGUCACUUGUGGUGGUGGCAUGAGCUUUUGGCAUUUCUAACUGCAGUCUCUUGUGACAUUUUGCUUCUCCUUACACCGAUGUUUCAUGCUUUUUUGAGACAUUGGAGGAUUCUUUACCAUGUCUUUUCAUUGUAUACUUGAUAAUGAUGAAUUCCUAGAAUACUUUGUACUAAGACUGAUUUCUAUAGUACAAUGUCAGUGCCAUUUUAUUCUUCUUCCA